UUCAAAUUUACCCCACCCAUAACCCUGUCAGCCCUGAUCCUGACCAGGGCCUCCCUGCCCCCCUCAACUUCACUGAUUUGCUUUAGCUGGAGUCUUAAGCCUCUCCUGGGGGAGGGACCAGUCACUCUGAGCAGCAUAAAGUGCCCAGCAGAUGGGUGUGGUGUGGGCACAGCCCGGGGAUGGCCCUCUGGCUCCUUACCCUCUGCCAGCUCCAUGGCCAGCCCCAUGGAGGCAUCUUCAGCAGGUGACUUAGUGGGAAGAGAGUGGGUAGGCCAAGAAGUGGGCAAGGUAUGGUGGGGAAGGCUGGAGAGGGUGGGGAUUAAGUUUGCAGGAUCCGUGGAAGACUCUGAGGCUGGGCAGAGGGGCUUACAGGAAGUCCUGGCUUCACUCCCAGCCCGGCCUGCCGACCGCGCCAGGAAGCUGGGUCCUCACCGGAGAAAGAGGACCACCUUCAGCGUUGGGCAGCUGCUGGAGCUGGAGCGGGUGUUUGCAACAUGGCCCUACCCUGACAUCAACACUCGAGAGCACCUGGCCCGGGUCACCUGCCUGCCUGAGGCCAAGAUACAGGUGUGGUUCCAGAACCGCAGGGCCAAGAGAAUCAAGUACAAGAAGCCAAGAGGACUUGAUUCCAGGCCUGAGUGUCCCCAGAACUGCCAUCCUCUUCCAGACAACCCCCAGCAGCCUUGGGAGCCCCGGAUGGUGGUCCAGCCUCUACCUGCCACCAGCGCAGCUCAUCGUACCUCAGGGUGUCUGCAGGCCUCCUGUAAAGCUCCCAUCUGGGGUCUAGGGCAGGGCUGGACAGGGGCUAAAGUUGCAACCCCAUGGGGGACAGCUAGGGUUCCAGGAAUCCACCCUUCUUUGGAGCGAGCCACUCCUCAGACCUCACUGGGCAACCUAUCUGACCUUUUUUAUGCCUCAGCAACUGUCACCAAUGUGGAUCACUCUUAACCCUGAGGCAGAAUGUGUAAGAUUCCCCUCUCCUCUGCUCCUGUACCCCACCUGUUUACACAAGUUUUCUAAUACAAAUUUAGCCCCCUUUCACUGACCAGCAGGCCAGCUCAGAUGCAGGUCACCUGCAGUGACUGGGGCCUGGCUCCUGCCUCUCUGUACCUUAGCCUUUCCUGGGGUAGAUGGCCACCAUCUUGAUAUGAGUCUGAUAUCCACCGGCACACCUGCUUCCUGAUUCUCAUCCCAGCUCAGAUGACAUCCCUCUAACAGGGACGCCACUGUCUGAUGAGGGCCAUUUAGGCCAUUAUCUAACUAACUGCUGAGUGGGAGAUGACAGUGCCACUCCAAAUAUGAAUUGCAGGAGAUCCAUUCUUUUAUGGUUUAGGGGCUCCUCUCCUGACCUCCUGCCACCUGGACAAAUUAAUCACUAUGGAUCUGAAGGGGGGAGGUCAUAUGAAAGCAAUAAAGUAGAAAUAGGAGCAGGGGUUUAGGGUGGUUUAAUUUUCACAAAGAUCAUAUUGGCUCUCCUCUGACGUGGGCCUAUGGGGACCCAACAGAUUUAGGGUGGAGGGGGUACAGCAACAGUAAGUCUUGGUAUCAUCUAUAAUACCAACUAAUCUCCAAAUAAAACCCAACUCUGUACCUUAAUCUGGAUUGUUGUGUACUGCAAAUGAAUGAGGACAUGGGCCAUUUGCCUUGGAAAUUUAUCUCUAUCACCUAAUCCCUAAAUAGGGCCAGGUUCCACAUGGAUGGGGUGGGAGGCAUUACCCAGGCUUCUGCUGGGAUUAGAUGAGGGAUAGUUAAUUAUUGAGUUUAGGGUUUUGACAGACCCUGUGGCGGUGGGAUCCUCUGCUGGUACCUGUCCUGGUCCCAGUGUGUCCAGAUGCUUCCAUCUCUGGAGAGGCUCUGCUUUCGGGAGAAAAGCUGUUUGUGGUCAGUCUGUGCUAAUUUAAACCCUAGCUCUGUGAUGCAAGUGGAAACUCUGAAAUUCAUUGAGCUUGAAAGGCAGGAUGGUAAAACUUCUUCCCCAUCUUAGAAAUUUCUUAGCUGGUCUUGGGUGGCACACACCUGUAAUG